GUCAACAAAACUAUAGAAACCAACAAAAACAAUUUCUUGGCAUCGAAAAACCUUUUUAUUUUAUUAAAAGCAAGAAUUUCAAUCAUGGAUUCUUCAUCAAGCUUCUCAGCUUAGCAAAUUGAGUAGAAAUUACACCGCCCUCCAUCAAUUUUUUAAAUAGUUUAUUUUUUAAAAUAAAUGAGGAUUUCGCAUUUGAACUGGAGUUUCUCUCUUUUUUAUGAAAUAUUCCUCUUUACAUCUUCGUCUUCUCAAUAAUCCGCUGCUGCAAAGCCUUUUUUUUUUGUCGCUAUUGACUUGAUUGAUUAACGGCUGUGAUUAAAUCUUCUUCAGCUUCAUUUUGUAGCUCAUCUCAAUUUAUUUGUUCGAGAAUUAUAUGUCAAUGGUGGACUUAAAAGAGCGUCUGCUUCCGCCAAAACCUCAAUCGGCUAUAAAUGUUAGAGAUGCUUCUUGUAGGGCAUCUGCCUCUGGAUGCCAACCUUUCCGAGGGAUGGAUUUGUUGGGAUUAAAGAAGCGGGGCCAAGGGCUCCGAUCUUGGAUCCGUGUUGAUACAUCUGGGAAUUCCCAGAUCAUUGAGGUUGACAAGUUUACUAUGAUGCGUCGUUGUGAUCUACCAGCCCGGGAUCUGCGGCUUCUUGAUCCUUUGUUUGUUUAUCCCUCCACAAUCCUUGGUAGAGAGAAGGCUAUUGUUGUAAAUUUAGAGCAGAUACGGUGUAUCAUCACUGCUGAUGAGGUUCUACUCUUGAAUUCCCUUGAUAGCUAUGUAUUGCAGUAUGUUGUGGAGCUACAAAGGCGACUAACAAGUGGAGUAUGUGAGGUUUGGCAAUCAGAGGGUCCUGAGUUGAACCGAAGAAGAAGCAAUAGGAGUUUUGACAAUGUAUAUGGAACCACAUCUGCUGAUUAUUUGCCCUUUGAGUUUAAGGCUCUUGAGAUUGCUUUGGAAGCUGCCUGUAUGUUCCUUGAUUCACAGGCAGCAGAAUUGGAAAUUGAAGCAUAUCCACUACUGGAUGAGCUUACAUCAAAGAUCAGUACGAUAAACUUGGAGCGUGUUCGCAGAUUAAAGAGCAGACUUGUUGCAUUGACUCGAAGAGUUCAGAAGGUUAGAGAUGAAAUAGAGCAGCUAAUGGAUGAUGAUGGAGAUAUGGCGGAAAUGUAUCUUACUGAGAAGAAGAGUAGGAUGGAGUCAUCAUUUUAUGGUGAUCAAUCUAUGAUGGGAUUCAGAUCAAAUGAUGGACUCUCUGUUUCUGCUCCAGUUUCUCCUGUUUCUUCACCCCCUGAAUCCCGCAGGCUGGAGAAAAGCUUGAGCAUUGCAAGGAGUCGCCAUGAGAGCGUGAGGAGUUCAGAGAGUGCUACAGGGAGUAUAGAAGAGCUGGAGAUGUUACUGGAAGCAUACUUCGUUUUGAUUGAUAGCACCCUAAAUAAGUUGACAUCGAUGAAGGAAUACAUUGAUGACACAGAGGAUUUCAUCAACAUUCAGCUGGAUAAUGUUCGAAAUCAACUGAUCCAAUUUGAACUGCUACUCACGACUGCAACGUUUGUUGUUGCCAUUUUUGGGGUGGUAGCAGGGAUAUUUGGCAUGAAUUUUGAGAUACCUUUGUUUGAUGAUUCUGGUGCAUUUAAGUGGGUCCUCAUAAUAACUGGGGUUUGUGUGAUCUUCAUAUUUUGUGCAUUUGUAUGGUUCUUCAAGUACAGAAGACUCAUGCCCCUAUAAUGAAAUAAAAAAGAAAGCAGUUUUUCCAUCAUUGUUUUUAUCAUUUAUGUACAUGUAAUGAGGGAAAACAAAAAAGUUGGCUCUCAUUUUAGACCCAAUUCUUUUGUUGCAGUUGCAUAUGUUUAACUAUAAAAUCAGUUCAGCUAUAGGAAAGGAGGGAAAUGACAUUCUGCAACAUAUUUCAAACCUUAUAAAUAGAUGCAUCGUACAAGCUCUAGGCCCCAAACUCUGGACGCAAACCUUUGCAUUCCAAGGCAUGGAUCUGUUGGCCAACGAUAUUGUAUUGGCAUUGAUGUGUAUGGAAAUUCCCACGUGAUUGAGAUUGUCAAGUUGAUUAUAAUUUGUCAUUAUGGUGUAUCAGCUUCUCUUAUUACAGAGAAAAAGCUAUUGUUCCAAACAUGGGAGGGCAAAAGCAAACAAAACAUAUGUUGAAACCAAAACAGAACACGCAAUGAAGUUAUACUAUGCUGGAUGUUUACUGAGAUAUAUUAUCAAACAUG